AACUGCACUUCCUAUUUCCUCGGCGUUACUGCUGCCUACUGACUAAACCAGAAAUCGAGAGGAUGAGAAACGAAAGGAGCACGUCCGACGCGCCGUGUAUAAAUGCACGCGAGCAGUAAAUGACACAGACAGUCCGGUUCUGGUCCAGUUGUGCGCGCGCAAUGGGAGCGUCGCGCGCGCGGGCGGCGGUUUGAUCGGAACGGCGACUUCUCCAAGUUUCACACGUUGGUGGACGAAGACGAAUCGAGAUGAAGAAGCAGUUCAACCGCAUGAAACAGCUCGCCAACCAGACCGUUGGCAGAGCAGAGAAGACAGAAGUACUGAGUGACGACCUUCUUACGAUUGAGCGUCGCCUUGAAAAUAUGCGAUUGGUCUCGCAUAAUGUGCACAAGAAGAUGGUCAUGUGUCUGCAGGGCAACGUGGGCUCGGAUGCGGACAAGAGACAUAAAAAGCUUCCUCUCACAGCCCUUUCACAAUCCAUGGUGGAUGGAGUAAGUCAGCUCGGAGACGAGUCCCUCAUCGGGAAGAUGAUGGAUGUCUGUGGAGAAGCUGAAAACAAACUGGCCUUGGAGCAGAGCCAACACGAAGUUCAGCUGGAGAAAGACAUUCUGGAGCCUCUCAGCCAGCUGGCGGAGGUGGAUAUCCCUAACAUCCUGAAGCAGAGGAAACAUUUAGCCAAGCUUGUGUUGGAUUUUGAUUCUGCAAAAGCCAGGUAUUUGCAGGCCACAAAGGCGUUUCCGUCAGCUACAAACGCUCAAGCAAUGGCUGCCAAGGUUGACACACUUAAGGAGGAGAUGGACGAAGCUCAAAACAAAAUGGAAAUAUGCAAGGAUCAAGUAGCAGCAGAUAUGUACAACUUUUCCUCCAAGGAAGGAGAAUAUGCUCGCUAUUAUGUGCUGUUGUUAGAAGCUCAAGCCGAAUACCACAGAAGAGCUUUGGCGUCCAUCGAGAGCGUCCUGCCCACCAUACAGUCACAGCAAGAUAAAUGGACCGAGAAGCCAGCGUUUGGCACGGCUCUGGAAGAACAUCUGAAACGCAGUAGCCGAGAGAUCGCUCUGCCCUUAGAGGCCUGUGUUAUGAUGCUACUGGAAACCGGCAUGCACGAAGAGGGUUUGUUCCGCAUCGCCGCCGGAGCCUCUAAACUCAAGAAGUUAAAGGCGGCACUGGACUGUUCCACUUCCCAACUGGAGGAGUUUUACUCGGACCCUCACGCUGUAGCCGGAGCCCUGAAAUCUUACCUGAGGGAGCUGCCUGAACCUCUGAUGACCUACCAGCUGUAUGAAGAGUGGAUCCAAGCCUCAAAUAUCUCUGACCCUGAUAAGAGGCUUCAGGCGCUGUGGGUGGUGUGUGAGAUGUUACCAAAGGCCAACAAGACCAACUUCAGGUACCUGAUGAAGUUUCUCGCAAAGCUUUCUUUGGAAAGCGACAUAAACAAGAUGACGGCGAGCAACAUCGCCAUCGUACUGGGACCCAAUUUACUGUGGGCCAAGACAGAGGGAAGCCUGGCUGAAAUGGCAGCUACUACCUCCGUCCAUGUCGUGUCUAUAAUAGAACUGAUAAUCAACCACGCUAGCUGGUUCUUCCCUGAAGAUGUGGACUUCAACGUCUCAGGCAUGUUUGCUAUGCCUGGGUGCCCAGGAACCCCUGACUCCGAAGCGGGGACCAUAGACAGGAGGCGCCCGGGCAGCCAGGGGUCGUUCGAUUCUGACACGCCCCGCAAAGACAGCCCUGCUAACAAACAGCCGGAAAUCGCCCCUCGUAGAGCUGGCACAGUAACUAAAAAGCAGCACUCCGUGCCCACCUUCCAGCCCCCUCUGCCUCCCAUCGACGACGACGGGGGGGUUCCCGUGUUUGAGCCCCCCCCUCUGUCGCCCACGGGCUGGGGUCUGGAGGCCGGGCAGGCGGGAGCUGUGCUUCCUCAGACCCUUCAGCCUUUAGUUCAUCACACUGUGGAGAACAGCGCUCCUGCAUCCACGCCCCCUGCCCUGAGGAACGGCCCCGGAGCUUCGAGCGGGACGCCCACGCAGCUCAACGUGGUGACCCCUACCUCAGGUCCUAAGGGCCCCAGCCCUUUCUUGGGCCGCAGAGGUACAAAGAAACAAGCGCCAGCGCCUCCCAAACAGGCCGCCCCUCCCACACCUCAGAGCACGAAAGCGGCUCCUAACCAGGCCCCGGCCCCGAGCACCCCUCAGCCUCUCAUCGCACCCCGCCGAAACAACCAGCUGCCCCUCCAGGCCCCCAGCCACCCUCCUCCUCAGCCUCCGUCCCAGCCUCCUCCCCACAGCGCAGAAGAGGCCCAGCCGCCCCCAGAACGCCCACCCUCCCGGCACGCCCCCACGACGGCUCCCAGCCGCGGCCCAGGCCCACCCUCGAGCGCGGCCCAAACCCGCCCGGCCCGCCCCACCGCAGCCGCGACCGGCGACGGCCCCAACGGAGUCUGCGUGUCUGGAUCCAAGAUCAUCUCAGACGAAGAUGGAGAUGGAGAUGGAGAUGGAAAGGAAAGAUCUUUGACGGGACCAGGGCUGGAUCUUGUCCCCGAGAUUAAGGAGGAUGAAACCACAGAAACACUCUCAGAAGAUGAGCACCAAUCAGAAAACACCUCCCUGUGAGGUGGGCGGAGUCCAGUCCUCACACAGCCAAUAGAAAGCUAUGUUCGUAAUAGAAUGCUAGCAUACUUACCGGGUUUUGUAUUCUUACUAGUGCUUUUGAGAACGUGAAAGUAUACGGGAUGAAAAACGUUUCACAUGACUUCAGCUUAUGAAAAAAUAUAGGUAUUCAGAUUUAGGUAUAAAAAAAAAAGUAUUUGGUGAGAAUGAUCAAGUCGAUGCAUUGCAUUAUGGGACGUAGCACCCAGCACAGUGUGCAAUUAUAGUAGGUCAUCAGAGCUUACAGUAUAUUUGUAUGCCAUCUUGAAAAGUGUACACGGUGCAUACAGCACAUAAAGUAUGCUAGCAUGCUAUUGCGAACAUAGCCAUUCGCUUUAACCUUUGACCCCCACAGAAAACUCCUCACAAUGCUGGCACAUUGUAAACUCUACGCACAUGUUAACAUGCAUAUACAGAUGAAAUGAGCUGGUUUGGGUUUUAGUCUUUAUAUAUGUGCCUUGAAAAACGUACCGAAUCACUGAGUUUGUGCGACCCACUCUGUUUUCACGGUGAAUGUUUCUUCGUUUUAAUCGUUCCUUUUCUCUUAUUUCACAAAAAUUGGAUUUUAAAAAGCUUGAAAAAAAAAAACAAAUCACGGUUAUACUGAUGUUGUCGAUUUAAUUCGCGCAUAAGAUUUUCAUAAGUGUUUGUUCCUGGGGUGCAAUACUGACUGCAGUGUAGCGUUGACACAUUACAGUCGUUUUUCUGAUAGUUUAGUAGUUUUUAACUAUUAUAAUAGUUUUACAGGGUUUACUUUAGUGGAGUGUGUGCUGCCAAGUACCAAUGAAUCCAUCCGCUGUUGACCAUUCAAAUAAACCCUGCUUGUGCUGUUAUGAAAUACUUCAUUCUCAAGAUGACCAAAGAUGCUUUUUUUUUUUAAAAAAAAAAGCGCGUGAUCCUGUGUCAGAGUUUUAGGGGGGUUUGUUUCAUGCUGUAUGCAACUGCAAAAAAAAAAAAAACAAAUGUGAAUGAAAGGGUUAACGGAUCAGUCAAGCUCAGGAAGCGUCAGCUAGAAAGCCAAAGCCAUUGUUUCCUUGCAGGAGCGUGUGUUUAUAUCUCUGUGCAUAUGUUAUCUUAAACUGGCUCUUAAAUCGCGUGUUGAUUUUUCUUUUCUGUUUCGCCCUCUUUUGUACGUUCGUGAGCACAGUUCCUCCAUCUGUAUUCUCGUUCUUCACGUUCUCCAGUGCCUCAGAUGAACAAAUGUUGUACAAAUUCAUUUUUUUCAACUGUUUUCUGAUUAUAUAUCUAAUAAAAAGCUUAAUUACAAAAAA